AUGUUCUAUUGUCCCCAUGGCCAACCAUGUAAGGAAGGACGUUGCCCGUUUCUAUUUGCUGAUGAGAAUGAUGAUGAAAAAGUUGAUGCAUCUGAUGAUGACCAACAGGACUCCCCACAGCCGUCCAUCUUUGAACUCCGUGAAGCCUUGUCCCGUAGCAAUUCAGAGCUCGAGGCACGUGAAGCAUUUGAUGAGUUGGCUGCCUUAGCUAGGCAGGACUCUGAGGCCAUGGAUGAUGGAUCCAAGUCGAGAGGUGCUGCACCGGGGCCAUCCAAACCCGCCAGCUCAUCCAGGGUUGAUCCAGAUGCAAUCCAGUUGUUGCUACAGAUGGAGCAAUCGUAUGUGACCCGGGAUCAGCAACUCAGGAUGGAAAAAAAGAAACCCAAGAACACCGAUGAGGAAAACAAAACACGCAAGAAGGAAGAUACCAAGGAUGAUGCAGAUGAACCGAAGAAGAAACACAAGACCAGGGAAGUACCUGCUGAACCAGAGAAAGAAACCAAGGAAAAGAAAGGUGAGGUUAAGGCAGAGAGCAAGGCAUGCAAAGCUGCAGGCAAGAGCAAGAACAAUUCUGAGGAUAUGGAGGAGGAAGAUGAAAAAGGAGAGACAGCCCAAGAAGAGGAGGGCGAGGAGGAAGAGAAAGUUUCUGACUCGGCAUCAGAUUCAUCAUCACCUGUCCCCAAGAAGCGCCCUGCUGCAAAAGCAAAGGCCAAGGCCAAGGCCAAGUCUGCAGGAAAAAAAAACAAGAAGGACAAGGAAAAGAAGAACAAGAAAGACAAGAAGGAGAACAAACCGAAGGUAGCCCCCAAGAAAAAGGUGAAGAAGGCCUCCCCCAAGAAAAGGUCAGGAGAAAAAGCAACCUUCGCCAAGCGCUACCGACCAACCUCAAAGCUCAAUAGCCAGAAGUUUGACGCCAUUCGUGAUGUGUACAACACCGACUUGCGGAAGUAUUUGACCUCUCAUACUUGGAGUGAGGACUGA